AACAUUGUUGAUGCAUUCUAUUCAGGUGGAAGUUAUUCAGCCAGGAAAUAGAUUGUAUGGUCCAAGAAUGGUUUGAAGUGCGAGUACCUGUCACUAUGGCAACAUAUAAGGAUAUAAGUAUGCAAUGGGAGCAUCAUCAUGUAGAAGUUGUGCAAACUCUUGGAUGUCUCCUCAAGGAUGCUGCUUUUGUUGAUGUAACAAUUGCUUGCAAGGACAAAGCCUUCAAGGCCCAUCGGCUUCUCCUGUCUGCAUGCAGCAAUUAUUUUAGUGAAGUUCUGAGGAAACUUGAUCCUGGUGGAAAUCCCAUCUUGAUCCUCCCUGAUAUUGGUGGUGACAUCAUGGACUUGAUCCUGACUUUCAUUUACAUUGGUGAGGUGAACAUUCCUAUCGCAUCCUUGACUGAGUUCAUGGCUCUAGCUGAAAAACUGAAGCUCAAGGGCCUUGAAGCUCCUUCACAAGUUGAAGUUCCUUUGAAUGAGUCACCAGAGGAGGAGCACUGUUCUGAUGAAGGUGAUGGUCAAAAGCAAGCAUCACCUGAAAAAUAUAAACUUAGAGCAAGAUCCAGGAGAAGAUCAUCUGCUGGCAGUAGGAAAAAGACAAAGAGUGAGCAUACAAGUACAAGUGUAGAGGACAUUGACAGUGGAGAGACUACUGAUGUGACAGAAGAAGGAGCCAGAUCUGCUGCAGCAUACUUUCAAACUGUGGAGAUGGGAACAGUUAUUGCUUUAUGCAGUGAAGAGGAGCAACCACCAGUAGCAAAUGAAGGGAUGGAGACUCCAGAUGCACAGAGUGUCAAAUGGGAAGGUGAUUCCGACGUGCAGAUGCCAUUAGAAGUGUCUUUGGCAAGGCAAAGCCCAAGCAUAGACCAAGCUGAUGCUGAUAUCUCAAAUGCUUCCAUGCCAUCUUCUCUCAUUCCAACUCAAGAAAUGCCUGGAGAGGAAUGUAUUGAGAAGGUCAUUGUAGAUGGUGCCCCAUCAUACUUGUGUUCAGUGUGCCGUAAGUAUCGGACCAGUGUGAAAUUCAAUGCAUUGCGACACAUGCGAACACACUUCAGUGUUCGGCCAUACUCAUGCCAGCAGUGUGGUCGGGCAUAUUCACAGUCACAUCAUCUGAAAGCACACAGGCUCUCAUGCCCUGGUGCUGGGGAAGACUCAGAGACUCUCACAUUGCUUCAAAAUGUCCCAAUGGACUAACAUGUCCUCCAAGGAUUUACUAUUGCUCAUGCUACAUUUUGCAGUUCUGUUCCCUUCUGUGAAGUAGGCCAAGUUUUUACCAUAUAUAAAGACAAACUGACCUAUAAAAAAUGCAUAUGACCAUUGAAAGACCAAAUGCAACUAAUUUGAUAGAGGGGUAAAACUUCUAACUUUUCAUUAGAUCCCUAAGCUUCACGAAAAGGUGGGAGCAACUAUGUCAUGGGUUCUUGCCUGAAUUCCCUCUGUAGCCCUCAAAUGUUCUAUACUUCGAGGUUCUACUGAGAUCCUUUUACAUGUAUAGGCCUACACCCUCCAAGGGUGUAGACCUAUUCUUAUGAACUCCAUGGACUGAAGGCUGAAGAAGUGGAAUAAGAGCCAUAUCUGUUGACAGGCCAAAAAGAACAACUUCACAAAGAUACUUUUCACCUUACUAGAAAGAUUUCCUUCAUUAGGAAGAGGAGAAUAUCAAAGGAGUUUAAAAUGAAUAGUAUAGAGAGAGAGAAUUUGACUAGGAGCCAUGGUGCUUCCAGGCCCAAUGUCUUGCCUUAUUUUUCUAACACACAGUCAUAUGCACAGCCAAAAAUACUGCAUUACCCCUAUAUUAAGGUCUCAUCAGGGUCAUAAUUCAUUUCUGGUCAGUUUGCCUAGAAUGACUGAUGUUUGCCAAUGAUAUGUCACUGCUUGUAUUGGUGUUUGUUAAUCCUCAAUUUAUCUCAUCCUUUUAUUUUCAUUCCUGGUUUCAUGUCCAGUGCUUAAAGAGGCACUGGGAAUGCUAUAGUUCAAUAAUCUUGUUGACACUUCUUUUUGCUGGCUGAGACAACUUGAAAAAUAUUUCUUCCCUUCAUUGUGAGUCAAGUUUGACUUCUUUUCCAUGAUAUAUUAGGCUUGUAAUUUGUUCAUUUCAUGCCAUGUAAUAUUUUCUUUGUUUUAGAAGGGGCAGGGCUGAGCCCCUGCUUGAGAAAACAUACUGAGGCUUAGGCCUCAAUAACACUUAACCGACUUGAAGCAUUACUCUUGGCACAUUUAAAUAUUUCAGCCUCUAUAGGAGAAUCAUGAAGCAUGUCGCAUCUUUUGAAGGUGUUGUCAUAGUUUCAUGACUUGGUUAUGAAGGGAUGGUAGUUCCUUGUCUUUUUUAUUUAGUUUUCACCAAAUAGUUUAAUGGUUCUUGUUAUGACCUGGUGAGAUGUUGCAGAAGAUCUUUCAUUCUCAUUUAGUUUAAGAAUGAUAAGGAUAAAACAAUAUGAUUUGAUGGGAAUAAGAAAAAACGACAUUUGAAGUGUGACACAUCCUUACAGAGAUAGGGGUAAAGUAUGGGUCUUUGAAAAUACCUGGAAGGCAAUAUUUAAAAUAUAAAAAUAACUGAGAAGUAAAAACCCAUGUCGUACUAGCACACCUUAGAUUUGUUUUGACUUGUUUAUGAAUCACAAGGUCUGGAAAUUAUUGCUUUUGGGAGAUGCCAGUAUUAGUUACUAUCAUUCAGUUCUUGUCAUGAAUCUCUGUAUUAGGAUCAAGUCCUACCUAUGAGGGGAUGACUGCUUCUUCUUGGAGUAUUUGCAGCAUGCAAUUGAUGCAAAGUCAAUCUCAGUUUUCAGUUGUUUUAUAUUCUCCUGCCUUAAAAUAUUAGACCCUUACUUGCAAGGUGUAUGUUGCUCAUUACCAUAUUGGGCCCAAGCCUUCCUUGAAUGAUAUGGUUAGAGAUGGGAACUAGAAUUGUAAAGUGGAAACCUCAUCAUUAAAUUAGGAAUGCAUCCAAUAGUCCUAAUUGUAUGCUGGUAAAGGCAUUCAAUGUGAAGCUUCAGCAGCUGAAUGUUGACUAUCCAAAUAGACCAAAAAAGGCUUUGCAAAGCAAGCUACCCUGCCUACUACUUUUUAAAAAUUAUUUCUUCAAUUUCAAUUAUCCAAACCCCCUGUGAUGUAAAUUAUGCUGCCUUGCAUGGGCUUCAAGAAGUAAUACUGUAUUUAAGAAGUGGUAAGAAGUGGUGCAUGUAAAACUGGGCAAUUUUGCAGCUGUGAGCUAUAUUACUUUCCUCAAUUGUAUCACAAGCUCUUCCUUCAUUUAUUCACUGAACUAAUGGCAAUUGCUCAGAAGACUUGACAACUCACCCAAAAAUAGUGCAAAGUGAGAUUAUGAUUUAUUCCAACACUAAACCUAUGAUGGAUACUAGUGUUUUGAUCAUAGCAGCAACUGCUCAAGGUGUGCUGUAAUAUUGUGGGAUUGGUGGAAGAAGCCCAAUGGUCUUUGCAAGUAGUGUUAUAACAUGCAAGCAUACACCUCAGCAUGUUGUACCAAUCAUUGAGUGAUACCAUCAGUCAAGUUCAGAGUUGAUGCAACCAUGUUUAGGUUGACCCAGAUGAUACCUUCAAUUGCUGACAAAAUUCCAACAGGUCUGAUGAAUCAGCAUUAUGAGAUUGCCUUUUUUUAACAUCAGCAUUUUAAGUGAGGUGUUAUACAAUUUGUGGCAUACAU